AUGUUUGACGAAAUGUCAUCACUCACAACUCUGCAUCUGGGUUCAAACUUGGCACUCGCACAACUACCACCUUUCCACGGACUCACGAAUCUCAAGAUGCUUGUUCUAGCAGCUGCCUUGUCGCUAGUGGAAUUGCCGACGUUCGAUAGUCUUCACAAGUUGGAACGGCUAUCUUUUGUCACAAUGGACCGAGGGAUGUGGUGCUGCAAUGGCUUUUUAGGCGAAUGUGAUCUACAGAAUCCGAUGUGCGGUGUUCAUCCAAUCUGGGGAUCUCCAGCAGCUACCUGCUUACCGGCCAACAGGACGGACAAAAUUGCAUCACGCGCUACGCUUAAUGCGAUAAAAAAGUUCUCCACAAGCCUUCCAGGCAUUCCGAAUGCUAUCUGCUACAACGCUAGGUUCAUGGGGAUUGCAUGUUCGCCCAGUAAAUUCCCAGUUGAAAUGCGCCGGCGUCAGAUUGCACAAGGCGUGGGUGAUCCGUGCGACACAGAGUACGAAGCUUGGCUUGGUUGCAAGUGA